GGUCACCCAGCUGCUAAGUGUUGAAGGCGGAUUUGAACUCAGGGAGAAGAGACUUCUUCCCAUCAGGCCUGUCUAUCCUUCAUGUCUUCCUCUGUGCCAUGUAGCUGACCUGUAGUUGUCCUUAUCAAUCCUUCUCAGGGACUAGGGAGCACAGCCAGUAGGGCAAGAUCCUGUGAUCUCACAAGAAGCAUGAUGGAAGGAUUAUGGAGCACCCAGCUUCUUUUGGGCCAAAUUUGAUCUGUGGAGGCAGGACCUGAAUUAACAGUGGGGGUGGCUAGCUCCUUAGCCUGCAUUUAGAACAUGAGUGCUACCAACGCACAAUGGAUGUCUGAGCUGCCUCCCAAACUCUGGGACAUCCCACUUCACCAUCUAUCUAUUCCAGGGAGCCAUGAUACAAUGACCUACUGCUUGAAUAAGAAAUCUCCAAUAUCUCAAAAUCAAUCAAAGCUGCUGCAGGUAUUAAAUAAAGUGUUUCCAUGCAUCAUCCAUCCAGUGAUAUUAAAAUGGUCGACCACACAGGCACUGAAUAUAACUGAGCAGCUGGAUGCUGGCAUCCGGUAUUUUGAUCUGAGGAUUGCUCACAUGAUUGAUGGCUCUGAGAAGAAUUUGCACUUUGUCCAUCUCAUAUAUACAACAGCUUUAGUAGAGGAUACCUUAACAGACAUCUCAGAGUGGUUACAGAAUCACCCUAAGGAGGUGGUGAUAUUGGCCUGCAGGAAUUUUGAAGGAAUGACAGAUGAACUUCAUCAGUAUCUUGUCACCUGUAUAAAAAACAUUUUUGGAAAAACACUAUGUCCCAGAGGUGAACUGUUAACAUUGAAGCAACUUUGGAGACACGGUUAUAGGGUUAUUGUCUCAUAUGAAAAUGAGAGUGCUGUACAUAGUCAUAAGGAGCUAUGGCCUGGAAUUCCCUAUUGGUGGGGAAAUAAGGUGAAAACAGAUGAUCUGAUUUGCUUUUUGGAAUCAAUGAAAGAAUCUGGACGCCCAGAUGAAUUAUUUGUUGCAGGGAUUAACCUUACUGAAAACUUUCAAUAUAUCAUGGCUCAUCCAUCUGGAUCACUCAAGAAGAUGACUUUGCCCAGCCUCCCAUACCUGGAUGCAUGGGUUCAGAAACAAUGUCCUGGGCCAGGAACAAAGUGUACCAAUAUCAUUGCUGGAGACUUCAUAGGAUCUGACAGUUUUGUCAGUGAUGUCAUUGCUCUCAAUCAAAAACUUCUUAUAGAAUGAUCGUGUUUUUUAAAAUUUUUUUAUGAAUAAAUCUUAAAAUUGA